AUGCAAAAAGAAGACGUAAAUUCCGGUAUCAUUUCUUGACCCGCGCGUCGGUUCUAUUUUCUUAAAACCCACGUCCCUGCCUACCACUUUCAAGCGUCCGAGGACUAGAAAAAAAACUGUUUGUUUGUUUGUUUUAUAUUACCGUACAAAUGAAUAGAAUUGAGUUGUACUAAGGGCUUUUAGAACCGCUAAAUUUUCUAUUAACGAAAUAAAUGGCACAGUUUUCAUUGUAUUCUUCGAAAAUCCUCCUUUUUACUUCAAGCAAUAAUAAAUGAAAAAAGGAUCAUCACUACUGGUCCUAGUACCUCGGGGCGACCGUACAAAUGGCAUUAAAUUUUCCUUGUUUUCGGACUGUCAUUAAAGCGCUACGCCUCUGUUGGAUAGGGAGACUUUUAAGUAAUCCACAUGACACUAGGACAGCAAUUCCCAACUUUCACUUUGAAAAACAUGGUGGACUCUUGUUUCUACUUAAUUGCAAUUACAGUGUCGAAAAGUUAGAUAAGAAAAUUCCCUUAUUUUAUAGGGAACUACUUGAAUACUUUCAAGAAUUGCGUAGCAACUGCAAAGAUCCACUACAGCGCGAAUUUAUAUUAUGGAAUAAUAAAGAUAUCAACGUUGAAAACAAAUCGGUGUUUUGGAAGUCUUGGCGUGAUAAAAAUGUCUUGUUUGUGUAAGAUCUGCUGAACAAUCAAGGUAAUUAUCUAUCUCCACAAGAAUUCAGUAAUAAAUACAACAUCAAGGUUAAUUUUCUGCAAUACUACCAAAUCAUUACAGCCAUUCCAGCGUCUCUCAAAAGUUACGCCUUCACUCAUUUAGAUCUUGGAAAACUGAACUCGAUUUCUGAAAAUGUCGACUUCCUGAUAUCUAAAGAUGUUAGUUUUAACUUAAAGAAAACUUCGUGCAAGCAGUUUUACAAAUUGUUUACAGAGAACAUUAGUAUUGAACCUACUGCGGUUACAACAUGGCGAAAACAUUGUACUGUGGUCGCUGACAAGUGGGAGCAAUGCAUUGAAAACAAUUAUAAAAUCACUCGAGAUAAUAAGCUAAGACAAUUUUAUUUUAAAUUGUUACACAGAAUACUAGUUACUAACAAGGAACUGACACGCUUUGGGAUAACUGCAUGAUUGUACUACGUGUGUUAUGUGUGGCGAAAACGAUUCUAUAGAACAUACUUUCUUUGAAUGUCGCUCUUUUCUGAAAUUAUGUGACGAAUCCCUUCAGUGGUUCAAUAUAUCUCACAAAACCAAUAUUAAACUCACGCCGCUUCAAGUUUUUCUCAAUUUACCAACCCCAGCUUUCAAUCUUUCCAAUAAACAAACCAAGGAUUUGUGUCUUCUCCUGUUAUAUGUAAAGCAGUACCACUAUGGAUGUAAAUCAUUGCAAAAGAAAACAGACACCUCUGAAUUUAUAUCAGCUUUAUAUGUAUAUUAAUGUAAUACAUUAGCUUUAAUAUGUGUAAUCGAUAGAAGUAUGUUAAUGGCCAAUACAGGAACAUUUAUCUAAGUGCACAAUUGUAAGUAUUGUAACGUACUUUUGUUUAAUAAAUAGAAUUAAAAAAAAAAUACAAAUGGCAUUAACUUCAUUCUUUUUUGUUGCUAUAGCUGACUGUGGAAUGAUGGGAAAUCUUGUCCCUAGUCUCCCUCAGUUUGCAAGGCCUCUAUUUUAAUGCCUGGGACAUUAUUCCGCAAGAUGGCUGCAUGGCAGGCACCAUAGUCAAAGAUCGAGUUUUGUCUUGUUUACCACAAAGUCAUGGCUUUUAAUUUAUUACUCUUUUUUCCGAACUAAUACAUUCACUAGAAAGUAAUCUUGGAAAAACGAUCCAACUUCGUGAUGAAAAUGCGCUUAUUUUGCAUAUAAACUGUCAAUAUGAUUGGAGCCUGCGUAUGGAAAGUAUUACGGUAGGUAGCAUUCACAAAGUCGUAAAAAAUGAAACUAGAAUUCAAAAGGGCGCUGCGAUACUUGUUUGAAAACCAUUAAUAUAGUGCCGUGAGCUUAGACUGCACGAAAAAAAAACCCGAACCGAUAUUCAAAGCUGGAAUCCUGUCACGCAUUGAUCCCACGUACAUGUAAUUAAGCUUUUAAUCUUUUUCCUUAACUCGAGAUACCCUUCCCUGUAGAAAAGUUUGGCUUAAAAUUUGAGGUUUUGGAAAGUUGUCUUACUAACUCUACUACUGUUUUUCAGAGCUAAUUCCGUCACACAAUGUGCUGCAGUGGCUAAAGACAAAGGAUAUAAGUACUUUGCAAUUCGGAAUGGUGGUAAAUGUCUUUCAGGUAGAAACCUUUACUCUGGGGAUAAGGAACACGGAGAAUUAGACGAAUGCUUUGACGGUGAAGGAGGUCAUGAAGCCAUGAAUGUGUACAACAUAACAGGUAAUGUCUAAGGGAUUAGUGGUCUUAUUAUUCAUUCAAACUGAUAUUUCUCCAUUUAUGAUUGGUUCAAAUCCCCCAGUUAAUUCUUCAUAACCAGCUGGGGCAGACCAUGUUUGGAAUUGGAAGAUUUAGGCAAUAACCAACUGAUACAAUGGAUAUUUAACAAUUAUUCUUUGAAAUCGAGGUGAAUAGUGGCAAAAUAUUCGCGGCGAGGUAAAUAUUCCCAAAGCCACUAUUCACCGAGAUUGAAAAGAAUAAUUGUUUUAGUAUAUACACACGAAGUGAUCUCAACAAAAUCAGAGAGGAAGCCAUUAAAAAGUACGAUUUGAUUGACAGAUCAAAUCACGCGUAAGUUUAAAAAUAGAUCUUUGCAGAAUUUUCAAACAUGGCAAUUCACAAGUUUAUCAUUUCGCAAACAACAGUGUAGCGUAAUGGCUUAAAUGGAACGGCUAAAAGUUUUAACUGUUUCCUUACUUGAGAAGAAAAGUAGAGCUUUUUUGUUUUCUGUUGACUCGCCAAGUUUAUAGCCAAAAGGGUUUGUUGUGUCGUUCUUCGCAUGAAGUGCUGACAAAAAUGGCGGCUCGGUUGCUCGAGGUAAGACGUCGUCUUCCUGUUUCAUUCUUUUUCCUGUUUACUUGAAAACAUUUCCUUUUACUUGCAAACAUUACUUAUUUUACUGGCAAACAUUUCCUUUUAAAUUUGUUUGUCAUAAAUAAACUUCAAUUUUUCAGCCAAAAUUUUGUUGUUAGAAAACGCUGAGUUCACGAAACGGCUCCUUCUACGCGAAUACACUAGAGUUGUAAACAAUCCAUCAAGCACAAAACUCAGCGACAGUAAAUUGAAAAACGCCGUAUUGAAUCCUUCCAAGUACUUUCUUGCCUUAAAAAAAGUCAGCCCUAGGAAUUUGUCGACUUUUAAAACAUCGUUCUCUUAAAAAAAUGGGAAAAACACCGAGCUCACACAUUAUCCACUCGCUAGGAGGUGAAUAUUGUUGAAUAGUCCGAGAUAGCGAACCAAUCAGAUUGCUUAAAUCACCAAGAUCACUGAGUGUGUAUAUACUAAUUAAUAAUACCUCAGCAUCAGCUACAGUGGAAUCUUGAUACAACAAAUCUCUAUUAUAACGAAGUCCUUAGUGUAACAAACGAUUUUCUCUGCCCCAGUAAUAGUGAAAUGUAUGAAAGAGAACCUCGAUAUAAGGAACCCCUGUUAUAGCGAACAACAUUUUUUUCAUUCCGUUGGCCUUCUGUUGUAUUGAGGUUCCACCAUAAUAGUUUCUGCAUUUUGAGUGGGUAGGUGAUAUAAACACAAAUUCUAACUUAUUUAACACCCCUUAUAUGUGCUUUAAUUGAGGAUAUCCCAGAGCUAGAAGAUUUUGAAGGUGACCUCCUCCUUACAAAGGUUCAGAAAGCUAUGAUAACACCUUUGCAUCAAGAUGUGGCUGCCGCGGGAGUCUGGUCCAAAACUCAGUUUAUGUGGCAUGAAAGAACUGUUCCUUAUUUAUAUUACAUCCCACCUGAUCUUGGUAAGAUCACGCCUUCAAUUAUAUUGUUUUGUCAUAGCAGAGCCAUCAGCUACGCAGGCUAAAAUUUGUGUUUAAAAUAUUUUACAGGAAACGGUGUUGUAAAGAAUAAUUAUUCAUUAUAUGUUAGAAACAACCUGGUGUGCUUUGCAGUAUAUGUGGCCAUGUUGACAAACUCACAAGUUCCGCACGUGCAUGCUGAUAUAAACUUGUUGGCACAAGUUGGUGGUGAGGCCAUAUUGUAGUACUGGCAUCUAAUCUAUUAUCAACUAUGGUAACCCUGUCACAGUAUAGCCUUUAACGACAUCUGGAACGGUAAAGCCACUCUUACAAAUUAAAUCAAGUUUUAAAAUGUGACCAAGAAGUUUAAUAGCAAAUUAACAAAAUGUCAGCCAUGUUUUUUUUUUGCUUGGGCUGGGUUGUAUCCAUUUGAAUAGGCAUUAGGCCUAGCUGCCCAUUUUGUUACCAGACAAGCUCCCUCUCUGUACAAAGAGAAACAUGGGUUUCGUCUGAUUAUAGAGGCUCACUUAAGUAUGCUCGUGUUCCUUUUGACCAGCGAUAUGUUAUAUGAUUAUGUUGUGUGUCCAUUUUAUUAUUGGAUAAAUUUCUUUCCUUUGUUGCAAAUUCAUUUUCGUAUAAUUACUGCCUUGCCAAAGAACAGAGAAGAAUAAAUUGAAAUUUUUAAGAAGUACCAAACGUAUGAAAUACAGGGUGAUUGCUCUUGUGAGCUUGCUCUUGGACUUCAUGCUCUGAGAUUUCUUUCAAAUUCCCUGCUAGUGGAAGUUCUUUCCUGACGUAGUUUUUCAUUGGCCUGUGUGGAGUCUAUGCAUGCUUAAAACUACAUGUAAUUUAUAUGACAAGGCCUCUUUAAGUACCCAGGGUGCAAAUUGCGAUAUGGGCAAGCUGUAGCUAGAAUGUACUAGCCCAAAAUUCAUUUUAACUAGCCCUCCUCCCUAAAUGUUUUUAUGAGCAUUGUUGAUUGCGGUUCUUUUUGUAAUUUUAAUUCCCCCCCAAAACUUCACUUUCCCUUUGGGCAUGAAAAGAAUUCACUAUCAGAGAGUAAAAUUCAUUAGCCUCGAACUAUUGGACGCUACUUUCUUUGCAUACUGAGGGCGGGGGGCUGGGGAUUUCUUCAGCUAGGACACAAAAGGAAAAAAAGAACCAAAAGAAAUUCCUAGCUGUUCAAUUCCUCACCUGCUAAUUGCAUAUGCCCAGUAAGAAUAAAAUCUUAGUGACAGCCCUGUAUGUUAGAAAGAAACCUCACUUAGUAGGGUUAGAAAAAUGGGUUAAUUGCUUCUGGGGAUCAGUUAAACCCUAUAAAUAAGCCAGCAUAAAAGAUGUAGCAGGCCAUUUGGUAAGCUUAUAGCCAAACAAUGAAUGAAAAAACAUAUAGAAUGUAAACUUAAAACUCCACCAUUUUUUCACCCUUCUCCGGUAAGUGCAUGUAAUACACAAACAUGUAAUCAUAGAAAUCGAUUUUUGAAACAAAGUGUGCUUUUGAGGGAGACCAAGGGUAGCCACUGGUUCCCUCUCCACGCUGAUCAUGAGCCUGAUCAUUAGUCAGUGAUGAGCCUAACAAUGUGUCUGUUUUAGG